AUGGACAUUUCUCAGUUCUCGCUUCGCAAUGUCAACAAUAAGGCAUCAAACCUGCCCGCGAAGGCGCUCGAUGGCGGUCUUCGAGUUCACAUCCCGACCAAACACCUCACAUCCGCAGCGCUAAGACAUGGUGAAUAUUGUCAGCUCGACCAGACCGAUGGCAGGCCAAAAGCCAUCGGGGUGGCUUGGUUGGCGAAAGAUCCUGGCCAGGGCACCAAGCGCAUGGCCUUCAUUGAAGAGCCCAUGAAGGAGUUGUUUGGAGUGAGGCUUGAAGACAAAGUUACAAUCACCAAGCUCGAGCCGCAGGAGCUGCAGCCUGCGCAGAAAAUUUACAUCAAGGAGGUCGAGCCUGGCAGCAGCAAUACAUCAAAAGCCGAGAUUGAGUGGUUCGCGAAAUAUGCGCUUUGUAGCGUUGACAUGGUACUUCCGGGAGGCACUUUUGCAGCUACCGUCUCAAGAGGCCCUAGGCCCGGUAUCAAGAAUCGAUACAUGGUGGAGAGAGUAGAGCCACCGACAGAAGAGCCACUGAUUCCCUACGUCUGCAACGCCGCCACCGAAGUUCAGUUGCUCAGCAAAGACGAAGUGGUUGAGGUUGCUGAAGCGGAGCCCAGAGAAGCGCCAGUGUUCAAGGUCAAUUCCGACGGCAUCGGCGGUCUGCACAAGCAAAUCUUGGAGCUCAAUGAGCGUCUGGCCAAUAUCACCAACGAACUGCGCCGCCGCAAGUACCCUUACCUCCUGAAGCGCGCGACAGGCGUGUUACUCUACGGGCCGGAGGGCACGGGCAAGAGCCUGCUACUUCGGAAGCUGUCCGAAGCUCCGUGGCGCAAGGUCAUCACCGUGGAUGAGCCGCUAGGAAGCACGGCCGAGAAGAGCCAGAGCGCGCUGCGAAAGUGCUUCGAGGAGGCCAAGGCGGCACAGCCGAGCAUCAUCGUCUUCGAUAAGCUGGAAGCAUUCGCCCCGCGCACCGACGAAAACGGUGCUUCUAAAUCCAGCCUUGCGAGGUGCAUCGCCGCCGAGAUGCAGAAGCUGGAGACGGCGCGAGUGUUGGUGGUUGGCGCGACGACGCGCUUGGUCGACGUGGACGCAAGCCUGAGGACGCCUGAGUUGUUUGCCGACGAGAUCGAGGUCCCCGUUCCAGACGCGAAAGCCCGGAUCGAGAUCCUCAAAGUGCUCCAAGAAAAGGAAUGGCCGGUCUCUGAUCAGACGGCGGAGAACAUCGGUGGAAGGACGCACGGAUUCGUCGGCCGCGAUCUUGCAGCUCUUUACAAGAAGGCCCUGAAGCGAGCUUGCGACAAGUAUUUUGAGCAAGACAGUCGGAAUGAGCCGAACGGAGCAAUCACGUCACUCGAUGCUGAACAGCAGCAGCACGGGCCGGAGCAAGGCGAGCCCGGAGAAAGCAAUCAAAUUGCAACAGCUGUAUCGCUCGCGGACUUCGAAGACGCCCUUCUCCAGGUGCGCCCCACCGCAAUGAACGAGGUCUUCCUUGAGACGCCAAAAGUCAGGUGGUCAGACAUUGGAGGGUCGGACAGUGUCAAAGCUGCGUUGCAAGAGGUCACGGAAUGGCCCUUCAAGUAUGCCGAACAUAUGCAGGAGCUCGAUCUCCAACCCCAGCGAGGCAUCCUCCUGUAUGGACCUCCUGGAUGUUCCAAGACGCUGUGCGCCAAGGCGGUUGCCACUGAAUCAGACCUCAAUUUCCUGGCAGUCAAAGGCGCGGAGCUGACUAGCAUGUACGUCGGAGAGACGGAGCGGGCGGUGCGGGAGGUGUUCAGAAAGGCACGAGCGGCGAGCCCGAGCAUCAUCUUCUUCGACGAGAUCGACUCGAUCGCGGCGUCGCGCGAGAGCGGCAAGCAGCUCAGCGGGCUCAACGUUCUGACAACGCUGCUGAACGAGAUGGACGGCAUCGAGUCGCUGAAAGGAGUGCUGGUCCUAGCUGCGACGAACCGGCCGGACGUUUUGGAUUCGGCGCUGAUGCGCCCCGGGCGCUUCGACGCCAUCCUGUACGUUGGGCCGCCAAACAUAGAGGCCCGCUUGGCGAUACUGAACAUCCGGCUGGUGGAAAACGGCCGGCCGUUGGCGGAUGACGUGGAUCUGCAGGAGCUGGCCACGCUUACGGAAGGCUACUCCGGCGCCGAGAUUGUCGAAAUCUGCUCAGAGGCGGCGCGGACUACGCUGCGAGAUCGCCUCCGGCAUGGGGAUAAGCGAUGCAUCGGGAUGGAGCACUUUAGACGCGCGCUGGACAAGGUGCCGCGGCGAAUCAGCAGGGAGAUGACGGAGCAGUAUGAAAAUUGGAGCGUCGACGACGCCAUCAAGAGGCUGUGA